UAAGCGAGUACUAGAUUCCUCAGGAGGAAGGCACUAACUUUGCUUGGAUUGCAGCCUUGUAGAGAGGAAUUCAUCUGGUUAAUUUCUCGUUGGAUCUCUGCAGCUGUGUACCUGGAAAAUAUUCGCAGUGCAGCGUACUGCUGUCUCGUUGCUUGAGAAGCAAAAAGUUUUGUAUUAUUCAUGAGGCUGCCAAAACCAGGAUGCCUUUCAAAUGAACCCAACCUGCUGGGACAGUGGACCGUAACUCUCUGAGAAGUCAGUCGGGUACAUUGAAGCCGCCCUCUCGAUCUCAGCGCCAGACUGAAAGCAUGAAAAUAUGAAUGAUCAAUCUGGUGAUCUUUCAAACUUUACUGGGUCGCUAUAACUGCUUGGACAAGUCAUCCAUGUUGUUGUGUUAAGAAUUUACGGGAAGUAUCGAUCGAAUACUGUAAUCUGGCUGAACCACAACUCUGGAUAGUCGUGAAUAGUUUUAUUAGAAUUUCCAACCGCAAAAGGCUGUGGAAAUGUUUAUCAUGUAGAUAAAACAUUUGGUAUAUUUCCGGAGUUUUAUUUAUCGUAUUGAGAUGGCUCCUUCGACGUGAUCGUUCGCUUGUGCAUAGCUCUCGCCUCCAAAGCCGUCCCAUAAUCGUGGGUGCCAUCAGUGUGUUUACAAGAGUUAUGGCGUCCACCGCAGUGUUUAUUGUUUUUCUCAUAAUGAUAAAGUAUUUAACGUUGGCGGAGAAGAAGGAAUACAAAUUGGGUCUUCUCAUACCAUAUUCUACGGUGAUUCCACAUUUCGAAAACGACUUCAAUAAGGGUGAAUCUUACGCUGCGGCUAUGACAAUCGCGGUGGAAAGAUUAAAUGCGGAUCCAACGAUUUUGGCCGAUUAUAAUGUUACUUUUGUAUGGAAAGACACAAAGUGCGAUGAAUUGAUUGCUGUCUACGAGCAGUUAAAUCAAAUUAAUUCUGGAGUUGAAACGUUCAUAGGACCUGGAUGUAAUUGUCAAACUGCUGCUAGGAACGCGGCGGCUUUCAACAUGUCCAUUAUCUCGUUUAUGUGCAGUGCUGCAGAGCUAUCUGACAAAAAGAAGUUCCCAACAUUUGCGCGCACUUUUGCAGUUGACAACCAAGUUGCUCCCAGUAUCAUCAGUCUGUUGAAGUAUACCUACAAUUGGACUAGAGUUGCUAUUAUUGUUCAGAAUGCAACAAAAUGGAUGGAUUUGAAAGACUACCUUGUGGAGGAAUUUGAAAAACAGGGAAUAGAGGUAGCAAUGGAAUACACAACUGUGAACCCGUCAUAUUAUGAUAGUAAACAUGAAGCACGGUUUGCUGAUGCACUAAAGGAGCUCAAAAAUAAAGCACGCAUUGUUCUCGUUAUUGGUAGCUACAACAUUGGCCUGGAGACUCUUUACCUUGCAAGGCAGGAGGGAAUGAUCAAUGAAGAUUAUGCAUUCAUCUUAUUUGAGUUAGAUCAAUUGACGGUAGAUAGAAACAAUAAGCUCAAGUUCUUUUGGUACCAUCAUCGACCUCGUAUAAAAAGAAAUAUUACUCAGAGUGACAUCUUUAUCACAGAAGCUAUGCAGGCAGCACUUAUUUUAGUCGUGAAGAGUCCUCGUGGUAGUGGCUAUGAAAAUUUUUUGACUCAAGUCAAGCUCAAGACAAUAGAGAGUCCUUUCUUCAGUACGACAUAUAAUAAAACAGUGGUGUCAUUAUCAAAUGCUCCUCCCAUAUAUGCUGGCCACUUGUACAAUGCUGUAUACCAGUUUGGCUUAGCACUGAACAGAUCUCAAGCCCUUCUAGAAUAUGAAGGACAAAACAGAACCCCUACAGGAGCAGAAAUAUCUGCCCAGCUUCGGGAUUACACCUUUGAUGGCAUUCAGGGUUACAGAAUACAUCUAGACAACAAUGGUGAUGCACAAUUCAACUUGACUCUGUUAGAUAUCAGAAAGAAACCAGGUGCCAAGAUUCCAUAUGAUUUUGUUGAAGUUGGAGAUUUCCAGAUAAAGUAUGGUAAUUUGUCUAGUAAUGGGUCUCAGACAGGCUUUCCUCACCUUGUGUUCCGUAAAAACUUUACCAAACUUUGGGUGGGUGGAAGUAGAAUAGCACCCAGGGACCGUCCCAAGUGUGGAUUUAACAAUGAGCUGUGCCCACCCCCACCUAUGGAGACGAAACCUCCAGACAGCAAAAAAGAAAUAAUUGCUGGAGUUUCGUGCGGUCUGGGUUUCCUUGCUAUUCUUCUUGUGAUCAAUUUAGUCAGACAGUACAGGCUGGAAAGAGAACUAAAAAGUAGACUGUGGAAGAUCGACUAUAAUCAACUAGGCUUUGAGCGAAGAGCAUCAAACACAUCAUUAGCAAGUGCCAUGAGGGACACAAAUGAAGAAGCCAUGCCCCUGAUGAGGGAAGAGAGCAGUGAUGGAAAAAUCACCACUGUGGGGAGCUACAAGGGAAAUAUGGUUACAGUGGCUAAACUUCCCAAAGGACAUUUAGAUUUGACGAGGAAAGUUCUUUUGGAGCUGAAGCAGAUGAGGGAUAUUAGACAUGACAAUUUGAAUCAAUUCAUUGGUGCUUGUGUGGAGCCAGAAAUUUGUAUCGUAAUGCAGUAUUGUUCCAGAGGAAGUCUACAGGACAUUUUAGAAAAUGAAGACGUCAAACUGGAUCACAUGUUCAUAGCUUCACUCGUGGCGGACAUAGUGAAGGGUAUGGCGUACAUGCACAGUACAGAUGUGAAAUCUCACGGUAAUCUUAAGUCAUCCAAUUGUUUGGUGGAUAGCCGCUGGGUAUUGAAGAUCACCGACUAUGGUCUCCCUUCGUUUAGAAACAAAUUGAAAAAGACCAGAGAAGACUACGCUUAUUACCGAGACUUACUUUGGGUAGCGCCGGAACUGUUACGAAUUCCAAAUCGUCCCUUGAGGGGAUCCCAAAAAGGCGACGUUUAUAGCUUUGCUAUAAUUUUACAAGAGUUCCACACGAGAGAAGGCCCUUACAGUGCAAAUUUCAUGGAACCAAAAGACAUUUUCCGAAGGUUAAAGGAUGGCGAGUUUCCACCCUUCCGUCCGACAGUAACAACAUUGAUAACUGGCGUGGAGGAGCUGCGAGAACUGAUGAAGCAAUGCUGGCACGAGAACCCGGAAGAGAGACCAGACUUUCACGAGAUUAAAAAGAUCAUGCACAAAGUCCUGGUCAACAAUGGCAUGAAGACGAAUAUCUUCGAUAAUAUUGUUUACAUGAUGGAAAAGUACGCUGAUAACUUAGAGGAACUCGUCAUGGAACGAACCGGCCAGUUGAUCGAGGAGAAGAAGAAGACGGAUGCACUUCUGGAAAGAAUGCUUCCAAGACCAGUGGCCGAGCAACUUAAGAAGGGCCAAGGAGUAGAAGCAGAGAGUUUUCAUGAAGUGUCGAUCUACUUCAGUGAUAUUGUUGGAUUCACCAGCCUCUCCUCGGGGAGUACACCGAUGCAGGUUGUGACUCUUCUUAAUGAUCUUUACACGCUGUUUGAUAACAUCAUUCAGGAGUACGACGUGUAUAAAGUGGAGACGAUUGGCGACGCCUACAUGGUGGUAUCAGGCCUACCCAUCAGAAAUGGCCACGAGCAUGCUGGUGAGAUAUCCCGAAUGGCACUGCAUCUUGUGGAGGCAGUGCAGACAGAUUUUAAAGUUCGACACAAACCGGAUCAUCAGCUUAAGCUCAGGGUUGGACUUCAUAGCGGUCCAGUCGUUGCAGGCGUGGUCGGUAACACUAUGCCCCGUUACUGUUUGUUUGGUGACACUGUGAAUACUGCCUCUAGAAUGGAAUCCAAUGGAGAAGCUCUUCGUAUUCAUAUCAGUGAAACUACCAAGGGCAUACUUGACGAUCUCGGUGGAUUUGAAGUUGAAGAAAGAGGAGAAGUGUUUUUAAAAGGAAAGGGCACUUGCAAAACAUAUUGGUUGAUAAGUGCCGUCAAACGCACAAGCAACAAAGUAAAUAAACUUCUUCAUCCAAACGGUCAACCGCUUAUGAACUAUCUCAACGCCCCUGGCCAUAUACGUGGUUCUAACAGUUCUCUAAAUCUUAAAAGAACGGAAUCUUUGCGACGUUCGAUGAAGGCUUCUCCUAACCCUGUGAAGAAAACUUGGCACAAGGCAGACGAGGAAUCGGCAGCGUUGCUCAAUCAGACCUCUGUUUGAACACUGUACGAAUUAGAGCGAUUUCCUUGAACGCUUUACUAUCGAUUAGUCAUGGAUCGUGGUCCAAGACAAGAGAGUGUUCCGGAGAUUGCUUUGAAUUCUUCGACAUUUUCAGGUUGCUCGAGAUGUAUUAGAAUUCCGAGAGAUUUGUCAAAGGUGCCGAAGAUGUCUCGGAAAUGAAGAGAUUGUUUUGGACUUGUCGGAGCCGCUCAACAUCAGAAAUUUCUCAAAUGUAAUGGUAUUGCUGCGGUUGUUGCCCGUUUUGUUCAUGCAUUUCCAUGUGAAGUUGAUCUGUAAAACUAGGAACAGAUAUCUCGAUAUUAGUGCCAGGAGGUCUCUCACCAGGACCAACUUGGUCUGAGGUUCCAUACACGUAGUUUGAAUAGUAAAUCAUCUGUGCUGUACGAAAUUGUUACAUGCCAAAUCAUUCCGCCUAUGCAAUAGAAACUGUGUAUAUAUUUGAUGUAAGGUACCAGAUUAUUUCACACCGUGUGUUCUCUCGAACGUCGCACCUCGCACCUCGCACCAGGCUCUGCGGUUGUAUAAAUUCCUUGGAGGAGUGGUAACCAUGUAAACAUUUAUGUAUAGCGUCCAAAAUAAGCGAUAACUAAGGUGUUAAUGUUACUGCUAAGCACUUCGCUAGGAACCAUGUUUAUAGCGCCGCCGUACUUGCGGCGAAUAAGUAUAUAUAUAUAUAUAAACAGAAUGAAAAGGUAAACCAAACGAUGAGCUCCUAGUAGAAGGAUCCGCGGAGGAUACGGUGCUUCAAUGAAAAUUUUAAGUAAGUGUAAAACGAUGAAACAUGAAGCAAACUUCUAACUGUUCCAGCUUUAAUGUGGCGACGUUUCGGCCUUCGGCCUUCUUCAGAUGGAACGUAUUUACAUAACUAAAAACUAAAAGUCCUAUAUGUAUAUAGGACUUUUAUAUAUAAAGACAAUAAGACGAGUUGAAUUAACUUAACGUUUUCAUAAGCGAGUAGUAGAGAAGUCGCAGCUACUCGUCCUACGGUGUUUCGUUACUAAUAGAAUUAUUUACGAUAGAGUUUUUGAAACCAUUAUGGCGAAUUUUUGUUCAUUUGUUAGCAUUCAACGGAUUAUCAAUGCUCCAGUCGUAAGUAACCCUCAUUUAGCUGAUUUCAGCUUUCACCAGGAGCGAUUAUUCAAUAGAAUCUCUUUACUUUUCUAAUACUCUAUCAAGCCGAUAGGUAAUGAGAAUUCACCAAAUCGAAAUAUGGCGUCCAAUUUGAGUUACCAUUGUUUUGGACUUACUAGCCUCG